AUGGCCACUACUAAAUCACUGCUUGCAACGCUUCUUGCAACUUGUGUCACAGCCUUUCCACAAGCCUCGUCUGCCAUUACACCAGAAGUACAGAAUCAGCUUCAAUCGAUUGGACAAGAUGCAGUCGCGGCAUUGAAAGAUUCAUCUUCGCCAUCGAAUAUCUUCGACGCCGAAUUGCAAAAAGUCGGCGUCGACGGCCUUCACGCCUUUAAACCCCCUGGUCCCUUCGAUGAACGCGGACCAUGCCCUGGACUCAAUGCUCUCGCAAACCAUGGAUAUCUCCCUCGAAGCGAAUUUGCAACGCUGCCACAGUUCAUCGCCGCCGCCACUUCGGUGUAUGGCAUGGGUAUUGGCCUUGCGACUAUCCUCGCUGCCUACGGUGGCCUCUUCGAUGGCAUCGUCGUUGGGUGGUCGAUUGGAGGAAAAGAGUUCACGGGCAUCGCGGGAUCCCACAAUAAUUACGAAGGUGACAGCUCGCCAACAAGAGGAGAUCUAUAUCAACACGGCACCAAUUCAGAUUUGAUCCUGUCGCAAUUCAAAGAGCUUCUCGACCGACAGCCAGAUCCCGCAACGGCCAACUACAACACCGAUGUGAUUGUUGAGCAUCGUGCUGUGCGCUACAAUAAAAUUGUGGCCAAGAUCCCAUGGUUCUACUAUGGACCCUUUACAUCAUUCUUCUCGAACCACAGCACCGAGUUCCCAGAAGGCAUCCUCAUCCAAGACGUCAUCAAAUCCUUUUUCGCAAUCUCCGGAAAUAACGAUAACCUCAAAUGGUAUCGCAGAGCCAUGAAUGACCCUUACUCCUUCUCCCGCGCCGGCGAAGAUGUCAAUAAGAUCAGUACGACGAGGUAUCCAUAUACGACCCCAACGGGCUGCAAUAUGGGCACGGUCAAUUCGUUCACCCCGCUGGACACUUUCAACACGAGCUUGGCGGAAUACGAUUUCAGCAAGCCGACAGAUUCGGUCUGCUAUGCUAUCGCACUUGUUGGCACUGUGCUUGACAACUUCCCGCUUGUAAGUGUGCUGGACGCCCUGCUACUCCUACCGUUUCAGAAUGCCCUAGACUGCCCUACGCUGCCGGCAGUCGAUCAAUCUGUUGGCAAGGCAUGUCCGGGCUACUCAUUCAGAGGAGGCCCAACGGCGCCGAUUGCACCUGGCGCGAUACCAUAG